AUGAAGGAUAACAAAUCAAAAACUUCAUUGUGCGCAAUAACAAGCACUGUGAUUACAUCUCAUCACCAAUCCUCCCUACUGCCGCUUGUUUUCUUUCUUGCUGCCUCUCAGUCGUUGUUCUCCAUCUUCAAUCGCUGUUCUCCAUCUUCUACUUCAUCUUGUCAUCGUCACCAUGCCAAAAUCAAGCACUCCUCAGCAAAUUUGAAACCCUACGCCAUCACUAACGUCAAAGCAUUCAUCCCAUUGAUCCUCGAUUUGAACCAACUCAAUCACGAUUCUUGGUGUGAACUCUUUCAAACCCACUAUACCGGUUUUGGAGUCCUUGGCCAUUUGGACAGAUCCUCCAAACCUAAAAAUGCCGAUGAUGAAGAGCGGUAUACACUUGACUCUCUUGUCAAGAUGUGGAUAUAUGGAACCUUGAUCCAAUCCCUUCUCAACAUGGUCACUAAACACGGGUCCACUGCAAACUCUCUUUGGCUAUCGAUUAAAGCAUUAUUUCGGGACAACAAAAAAGCUAGGGUUAUGGAACUGGACAAUGAAUUUCAUCUCAUUUCCAUGGGAGAUCAUUUUGUCAAUGAAUAUUAUGAAAAGAUGAAGGUCACGACUGAUUUGCUUGCUAAUAUUGGAUACCCGGUACCCAAACGAACUAUUGUGUCCCAUUUUCUCAAUGACGUCUCUCUUAAAUUUGAUCACAUGUCCACUAAAAUUACACACAAGGAUGCCUUUCCUACUAUUCUCCAAACUUGA